CGCCGCUCAUUGGCCGUCGCCCCCGCAGGGCCCGCCCCGCGCUUGGGCUUCGCAGCUCGGGGGCUGAUGGGCGCGUCAGUACCGGGGCGAGGGGACGGGGAGGGUCGGGGGACCAGUCUCCCCCUUUCCACCGUUCCAAAGACCAGACUCCUAGACUAGGCUACCCCGUGGGAGCGAACCGUAUGGAAACGUGGUUGCUUCUCUCUGCACCGCAGUCUAUGUGGCUGUUAAAGGGGGGGGGGGUGCAGGGGGGCACCUGCAACACCUGCUUCCAGCUGCACCUGUGCCUCCCCUUCCCUUCCGUUACACCCCAAUCCCAUGCUCCCAGUAUCUGAGUGGGCGCCGGGAAGAUGGUGGUGGCUUUGGUGAAGUUUACUGAGUGCUUACUAUGCACCAGGCAGUGUGCGAGGGGUGUUUUAAAGCCCACUGUCUCAUUCGAUUCUCCUGACAACCCUGGUUUAUCGACUUUUCAGAGGAGGAAACUGGCAAAGUCACUUGCUAGUUAUAGGCAGAGCUGAAUUCAAACCCAGGACUGAGCCCUCGUAAUGUCCCCUUUCCUCUUUGGGUUUAUUUGUUCUCCAUUCUCUGGGACAUUCGGGUCAGCAAGACCUGUUUCCAGUUUUGGCCCUGCCAUUUACUGGCAGAGGAACUUAGGCAACUGACUUGGCUUUCCUGUGCCUCAGUUUCCCCAUCUGCAAAAUGGGACAGAUAUGCCCUAUUCAGAGGGUUGAUGUGAGGCUUAGCUGCUCCUGAUAACAAUGGCUAAUAUGUCCUGAAAGCUUCUGUGUAUGAACACUUUGUGGGUAUUAUGCUUAUGGCAUGUCUGGGCAAGUACAUAGAACUAUGUGUCCCAUUUUGCAAAAGUCUUGAUUAAGGCUUAGAGAAGCGAACACCUUGCCCAAGGCCACGCAGAGAGUAAGGAUUUGAACGAAUGAUGUCUGACUCCAGGGCCCAGGCUGUUAACAUCGCAGAUACGUUUCCUCAUCCAGUAAUCAGGGUCAAAUAUCACCUGGGACCAGUCCCUUUUUUCCACUCCGGAACCCCUUCCCCACUUCUGCCAGUCAGCAGGGAGGGAUGAGAGCAUUCGUGAGGCCUUUAUGGCUCUGGAGUUUGAUGGGCUCUCCGUUUCAAGGAUCACAAUACUGGUCUGCACUCUUCAGUUGGACUCUAUCCUCUCUGAAAGCUGGCUCCAGUGCCCAGACCCAAGCCCCCCACUGCUCAAUGGACACCCCCAGCCCAGACCCGUUGCCUUCGCCUUUGCCCGGGGAGGAAGAGAAACCUCUGGCCUUACCUCCUCCUGUUCCCCGGGGCCGCCGAGGCCGUCGUCCUGGGGGAGCCACCUCCUCAAAUCGGACACUCAAGGCCUCCCUCCCUCGCAAGCGGGGCCGCCCCCCCAAGUCAGGGCAGGAGCCCCCACUGGUGCAGGUGCAGGGGGUGACAGCCCCAGUAGGCAGCAGUGGCGGGAGCGACCUCCUUCUGAUCGAUGAUCAGGGUGUGCCCUAUACGGUCUCUGAAGGUUCAGCGGCUGGGCCUGAGGGCUCCGGCCCCAGGAAGGCCCCACACUUCUGCCCGGUGUGCCUGCGGGCCUUCCCCUACCUCUCCGACCUGGAGCGCCACAGCAUCUCGCACUCAGAGCUGAAGCCGCACCAGUGCAAGGUUUGCGGCAAGACCUUCAAGCGCUCCAGCCACCUGCGGCGGCACUGCAACAUCCAUGCCGGCCUGCGGCCCUUCCGCUGCCCGCUGUGCCCCCGCCGCUUCCGCGAGGCGGGCGAGCUGGCGCACCACCACCGUGUGCACUCGGGGGAGCGCCCGUACCAGUGCCCCAUCUGCCGGCUGCGCUUUACAGAGGCCAACACGCUCCGGCGCCAUGCCAAGCGCAAGCACCCGGAGGCCAUGGGGGUACCCCUGUGUGCACCAGAUCCAGGGUCUGAACCGCCGUGGGACGAGGAGGGCAUCCCGGCCACAGCAGGGGCUGAGGAGGAGGAGGAGACAGAGGGGAAGGGGGAGCCGGCCUGACCCACACCCCCGGCCAUCACUCCCUGGGCCAGGUUUAGAGCAGAGAGUUUGGCUGGUGCUGGGCCUGGGCCAGGGGGCCAGGACACCCUUGUUUCUGGUGGUCUUUCCGUUGUGGGAGCAGGUGGAGGGUGGAGACCUAAACUUUUGGGUCCAGCUGCCUUCAGCCCCCCUCCCCCAGACUAACAGACCCUUGGAGGCAGGGGCUGUGGAAAUAAAUCUCUGCCUGCUGGC